AUGCUAUACACUCCGUAUGCUAUAAAUCCAGUGCCAGAGAAACAAAGAAAAGUAUCUAAAAAUGUGUUCAGUAAUGUGGACUUUAUUGCUGCGCAACAAAAUGCUGUAGGAAACAAAUGUACAACCAACAUCACUACACUUAAAUCAAGAUCUGAUCCUGGUCAAGCCCUGACAGAAAUCCCUUUACCAGAAACAAGUGCUAAUGUACAACCUGAACAUGUACCUUUGACUUCAGGGAUUAAUCGGAGCAUUUUAGGAAUAGUGUCUCCGUAUUCUGUAAGUCCAGUGGCAGAGAAACGAAAAAAAGUAUCUAACAGAAGAAGAAAAGCUACCGUAGCAGCUUGA